GUCUAAACUAAAGAACCAAAAAAUGGGUCGGUCAUAAAAAGACGCUUGAAAUUGAAAAAAAAAACAUGCACUUGAAUUGUUUGAUACUAUUACUCUGUCAACUCUAUCUAUUUUGAUUACCAUCAGUGGCCGUCCCUGAUACUUCAAAUUCCACAUAAAUCCAAGAAUCUUAAAAUUCACAACAAAGCUUUUUCUCCUUUUUAAACCCCCUCUCGUUGCUACACAAAGAAAAUAUCACAAGAUUUUGUUUGUGUGUUUAUUUAUUAACACAAAAACACACACUCUCCUUCUCUGUCCCUUGUUCUGUCUUAUAUGCUGUUUUCAUCAUGUGCCAGUUAUCAUCAACCUCUGUCUCCACUUUGUGUGAAAGCAAUAAAAACCAGCCAAAUAUAUCCACAACCAAAUUACACAAAACUUUACCUGACAUGUUUACUCCAUUGAUCCCCAAAUCCCCAACAUUCAAACAACAACAUAAAAAAUCCCAUUUUUCUUUGGCUCUCAAUGAAGCAAAAUACAUAGCAAACAUAGCAUUACCUAUGGUUUUAACUGGUUUAUUACUUUAUUCACGUUCCAUUAUUUCAAUGUUGUUUCUUGGUCGUGUUGGUGAACUUGCUUUAGCUGGUGGAUCACUUGCAAUUGGUUUUGCAAACAUCACUGGUUACUCUAUUCUCUCUGGUCUUGCCAUGGGAAUGGAACCUAUUUGUGGUCAAGCUUUUGGUGCCAAAAGAUUCAAACUUCUCGGCUUAACGAUGCAGAGAACAACGAUUCUUCUUCUUGUAACUUCAAUUUUCAUUUCAUUCCUAUGGCUUAACAUGAAAAAGAUUUUGAUUUUUUGUGGUCAACAAGAAGAUAUAGCAAACGUGGCUCAAAGUUACAUUAUUUAUUCUCUUCCUGAUCUUAUAGCACAAUCUUUGUUACACCCUUUGAGAAUCUAUCUUCGAAGCCAAUCCAUAACACUUCCUCUUACAUAUAGUGCCACUCUUUCAAUUCUUCUACAUGUUCCUAUAAACUAUUACCUUGUUUCUGUGUUAAAGUUAGGAAUCAAAGGCAUUGCUUUAGGCGCUGUUUGGACGAAUUUCAACCUCGUAGUUUCGUUGAUUAUCUAUAUUUGGGUUUCUGGAACACACAAGAAAACAUGGCCUGGUUUUUCAUCAGCUUGUUUCAAAAGAUGGAAACCUCUUUUGAAUUUGGCAAUUCCAAGCUGCAUUUCGGUUUGUCUUGAAUGGUGGUGGUACGAAAUCAUGAUUUUACUUUGUGGGCUGUUGAUUAAUCCUCAAGCAACUGUUGCAUCAAUGGGGAUUUUGAUUCAAACAACUGCAUUGAUAUACAUUUUUCCUUCUUCUUUGAGUUUCGGGGUUUCGACAAGAGUUGGGAAUGAACUUGGUGCUGAAAAUCCACAAAGAGCAAAACUUGCAGCAUUAGUUGGACUCUGUUUCAGUUUCUUUUUAGGAUUCUUUGCUUUGUUUUUCGCUAUUUCGGUUCGAAAUAUUUGGGCUUCAAUGUUCACAAAUGAUGUUGAAAUAAUAGCUUUAACUUCAAUGGUGUUACCUAUUAUUGGACUUUGUGAGCUUGGAAAUUGUCCACAAACAACGGUUUGUGGUGUUUUGAGGGGUACAGCGAGGCCAAAGUUGGGUGCAAAUAUCAAUUUGGGUUGUUUUUAUCUUGUAGGAAUGCCAGUUGCUGUUUGGUUGAGUUUCUUUGCAGGGUUUGAUUUCAAAGGUUUGUGGUUUGGUCUUUUGGCUGCACAAGGUUCGUGUAUGUUGACUAUGUUGUUUGUUUUGUUUCGAACAAAUUGGGAAUGUCAAGUACAAAGAGCUAAGGAGCUUACAUCAUCAGAUCCAAGUGAAGAAGAAGAAGAAGAAGAUAAAUUCUUUGUUAGUUCAUGUGACACAAAACUGUGCUCUGAUUCAUUAGUUUGAUAAUGAAGGAUUAAUUCUUUAUUAUUUUACAUUGAGGGUUUAAAUGAUGAUAAAAUUCAUUCUUUUUAGAUGUACUCAUUUUUUUUUCUAUUGUAAUUUGUAAACUAAUUUGAGGAUUAGAUUUGAGGCUAUAAGGAUUUUUUUGUGUGUUAAAUUAGCAUGUAUGCAUAUACUUGAAUGAAGACUAAAGAUGAAUCAACUUUGGUGAUUCGAAAAACCAAUACAUAACUACUCUCUAUUUUCUUUUUUUA